AGCGCUGUGUCUUUAAGGGGCACGCGCGGAGGUUUUCCGUCCGGGACAAAAUGUCAGCGAGGCGCCUGGAGGGGGAUCUACCAUCCCGGACUCCCGACCCGCCGCAGGCUCCGGCCGCGUUUCGCGGGUAAAGGGCACUGCUGAUGGUUCUUCAGAACUCAGGAAUCGUGUUGCAUGCAUUGUUUCUACCCCUGGAACCUGAGAUGGUUGGAAACCCUGAGGCAAUGACAGGGACCCCAGAAUCCUUGGGAAAUGACCCACUGUCUAAUUUAAAGCGUGCGGGCGCCGAAGAAUGAGGAGUGGCGAGUCGGCCUGCACCAUGGACGAGGCCCGCGGGCUGGACGACGUGGCGGCGCGGGGCGGUCAGUGUCCGGGACUGGGGCCGGCGCCGACGCCUCCCGGCCGCCUGGGGGCGCCGUACUCCGAGGCCUGGGGCUACUUUCACCUGGCCCCGGGGCGCCCCGGGCAUCCGUCGGGCCACUGGGCCACCUGCCGUCUGUGCGGGGAGCAGGUGGGCCGCGGCCCGGGCUUCCAUGCGGGGACCUCGGCGCUGUGGAGGCACCUGAGGAGCGCGCACCGGCGGGAGCUGGAGAGCAGCGGCGCCCGGCGCUCGCCACCUGCCGGGCCCUGCCCGCCGCCGCCCGGCCCCGCUGCGGCCCCCGAGGGCGACUGGGCGCGCCUGCUGGAACAGAUGGGCGCGCUGGCCGUGCGCGGCAGCCGGCGGGAGCGGGAGCUGGAGCGGCGCGAGGCGGCCGUGGAGCAGGGUGAGCGCGCCCUGGAGCGGAGGCGGAGGGCGCUGCAGGAGGAGGAGCGCGCCGCGGCACAGGCGCGCCGGGAGCUGCAGGCCGAGCGGGAGGCGCUGCAGGCGCGGCUGCGGGAGGUGAGCCGCCGUGAGGGCGCCCUGGGCUGGGUCCCCACUUUGCCGCCGCUCAAGGACGACCCCGAGGGUAACAGGGACGGCUGCGUCAUCACAAAGGUCCUCCUGUAGGGGUGUAGCCACUUCCCCACCCCAGACCAGCGGUUCUCCGUCAAAUGCCAAUGCCUUCAGCCCCCGCUGGGACCGAAGCCAGGCCCGCAGCCCCUACUCACUCGGAAGCUCCAGCUCACUGUAGGGUCUUCGACACCCUAAGGCUUCAGCUUGAGAAGCACUUCGAAGCCAGAGCAGAACCAAAAGUCACUUCCAUGGGGUCACCUGGGGUGCCUGGGCGGCCUUUCAUGGGCAUGCAUGCAAAGAAUGGGGUGGCACACGGGACACCCGAGAGCUCCAGGAGCCCCGUGAACCCAGACCACCCAGUGCCAUGGCCACUUAGGGCUGGGAACCCGAACCUGGUGACUUUGAAAGGAUAGAGCUUCAUUCCAUACCAAACACUUUUCACACCAUGUGCCUAUACACCCAGCAGCCCAAGGUGGAGGGUGCGUGGAAAUGAGGAAGCUUUUUACCCACAAAAAAGAGUUCCUAAUGCA